AAGCUGCAGGGAAGUGAGACUCAGGCCUCAGCCUCAGAAGACUCUGAAGACUGGCUUUCAACUCACAGUUUAAAGUUCAAGAAACUCACCUUGGCUGACUUGAUAAGCCAGCGCAUAGUUGAUCUGGAGGAGCAUGACAAUGCCAUGCCCAAAGUGCGUUUCUCCACCCAGACCAUCUGCCACUUUGAAUCCAGGCUUUCUGACACUAUCAAGCUCUAUCAGCAGAGGAUGCAGUGGCUCACAGAGAAUAGCAAGAAGGCAUUUGGCAUCAUCAAGGGAGCAAGAGUGGGACUCCUCAUAGAUGUGUCCCAGGUCAGCAGUGGCCCUCAGAAAGAAUUCCAAAAUGACCUCACAAGUCUCAUUGAUGACCAGCUGAGCCUCAAGGAAAAGAUGUAUGUCCUGUCCUUUGGUGUCACUGCCCAACCCCUCUGGCCAGAUCCUGUGGAAGUCAAUACCUCCACCCUCCAGGAACUCAAGCUCUGGGUACAGAAACUGCAGCCUGAGGGAAGCAGCAAUCUGCUACAAGCCUUGAAGAGAGCCUUGGCUCAAAAAGAGCUGAACUCCGUGGUGGCUGUACUAAGAAACUGUCCAGAUCAGCCUUCUGAAUUCCUGUCUGACUACAUCCAGCAAUCCACCGUAGGACGGGACCUGUUCAUUCAUGUCAUCACCUACAAAUGUGAUGAUCACGUACCCUCUGUUGUUCUGAAGAACCUCACAGAUGCCCUUGGGGGUUACUACCAUUGCUACAGCCCAGAAUCAGAGUUCUAUACCAAUAGGGAUGUGGAUGAGCUCCUAGCAGAAACCCAGAAGGCUCAAGACCUCCUCAGACAGGUGCAAGCCCUGUGUUACAGUAGCCCAUGUGAGGAGCUGGCCUGCAUGAUCAAGAAAAUCGCUACAGAGAUUGGCAAAGGGCCAUUCACAAGUCUCUUGCCUAAACCCCCGAAACAUGAAUCUCCUCUCACAAUCAAGUUCCCAGACUUGGACAAGACUUCUGCAGAAUGGCUGAAGGUCAAUGGUCUAAAAGCCAAGAAGUUAAGCCUUUAUCAGAUUCUGGCACCCAACGCCUUCAAUACUGUGGAAGAAUUUGUGCCUAUUCUCCAGAAAAGAGUGUCAGCUGUUAUCCAUGAGAAAGCAAUGGUACAAUUCGAAUGGCAUGAUGGGACAAUGAAGAAUAUCCAUGUGGACCCACCCUCCCUCUAUGAAUACCAGAAGCAGCUUGGGAAAGCUGUGCAAAUGUAUGAGAGUCGGCUCCGGUGGCUCUCCCUCGACAGUAGAAGAAUCUGGGGCACUGUCUGUGAAAGGAGGGUUGUUAUACUGCUGGAUGUCUCAGUGACCAGUUCCAUGUACAUUAUUCAUAUACAGCACUCCCUGCGACUGCUGCUAGAGGAGCAGCUGUCCAACAAAGACCACUUCAAUAUCGUUGCGUUUGGAAGCACAGUUGAGAGCUGGAGGCCUGAGAUAGUUCCCAUGAGCCACGACAACUUACAAAGUGCCUGGCGGUGGGUCCUGGGCCUACGGUGUCAAGGAAGCAGAAAUGUCCUCAGUGCCCUGCGGAAGGUCAUAGAAGUGGACUUCAAGGACAAAGACAAACAUGAGUCUCAGGGUAUCUACCUCUUCACAGGGGGUGUUCCUGACCAAGAUGUGUCCAUGCUCAGUGCCUAUGUGGCAGAGGCCUGUGGAGGUUGCGACCUCCAUCUGAAUGUCUGUCUCUUCUAUGUGGGCGAACCACAACUGGAUACCACGCCCCCUGUCCACUAUGCCAGCCGUACUGACACAGCUGCGGCCUACAAAGAGCUCACCCAGGCUGCCCGAGGUCGCCUCCACUGGUUUGGGGAAACAGGUAUUUAUGAGAGUGAUGACAUCAAUGCCAUCAUAUCUGAGAUAGAAAAAGCCCUCAACUACUCCCAAAAGUGUGCCUUCCUCGUGGCUUCCCUGAAGAACCAUUCAGGAAAAGAACUGCAAAGCACAGCCCUCCAGAAAGACAAGCCAAAGAUGCUCAAGCAAAGUUCGCCCAAGAAUCUCUCUCCUCCCAAGCCCACAGCCCCCUCGGUGGCCAGAAUGAACAUUCAAGAUGACCUGGAUGGAGAAAAGAGCUCCCAACUGAAAGCUCUGAAGUGUCAUCCCCUCCAUGGCGAAGCAAGCAUCUCAUCAGCUGCAGCCCAUCCCUGGAAAGAAGGGUUGGUGGAACAGAGGAAGAAGGCCAAGCCCAGAGCAGAAGAUACAUCAUUCUCUCUGUUCUACACAGACUCAGGGAAUAGUGUGGGUUCUGUGUACAGGAGGUACCCUCAAGGGAAGCUUGCUAGGAGGAUUAACUCUUCUGUUGAGCUGCCCAAGAAAGACACUGUUUGCUCAAGUCAAGAGUGGAUAGCCACCUGCGGGCUGAAGAAACUGAAGCUGGAGCUUUCCAAAUGCCUUGGUCCCAACUGCAGACACCAAAAGUCAGCACAACGACAGAUAGCGCCGGCCAAACACUGCACUCUCUUCCCCAGUGUAGAGAUCAAAGGAGUGGUGAGACAUAUCCAGUGGACACUGUGGGAAAUGGAGACAUACAUCACAUGCAUGGAGAAGGUGAUGAGGUGCUAUGUGCAGAGGCUGCAAUGGCUGCUGUCAGGGAGCCGCAGACUGUUUGGCACCAUCUUGGAAAGCAAUGUAUGCAUCAUGCUGGACACAUCGGGAUCCAUGAGCCCCUACUUGCAGUGGAUGAAGACAGAGAUGGUUCUGCUGAUUUGGGAGCAGCUGAGGAAGAAUUGUGGCAGUUUUAACCUGAUCAGCUUUGCAAAGGACCUGAAGCCAUGGCAGAACACUCUGGUGGAAACCACAGAUGAAGUGUGUCAUGAGGCUAUGAGAUGGGUGGCCCACUUGCAAGCCCACGGGAACACCUCAUUCUUAUCAGCUUUACUGAAAGCCUUCAGCUUUCAGGAUAUACAAGGACUGUAUCUCCUGACUGAUGGGAAGCCAGACACAAGCUGCAACUUUAUUCUCAAUGCUGUCCAAAAGCUCCACAAGGAGAGAGACGUGAAGGUGCAUACCAUCUCCCUGAACAGCACAGACAGAGCAGCCGUUGAGUUCCUGAGGAAGCUGGCUUACCUCAGCGGGGGACGUUACCACUGUCCUGUUAAUGAUGACACCCUCAGUGGGAUUCAUGGCUUGCUCACCAGAGGCUUCAUCGAGGAAAGGGAUCCCAACUUGCCAUCAUUUGAGGGGGAUGACUUAAAGAUACUGGCCCAGGAGCUCAACAAGGCUAGAAGCUUCUUCAAGCAAGCCCAGGUCUUCAGCACAGCUCAGAUGACAUUGGCUCCACUCAGAAGAUGUCCCUGGUACCCAUCCAGAGCAAAGGACCUCCAGGCACAUCUGGAUGCUUCUGGCCUUCCUCUUCUGGCUUUCCUGACCAACUGUGCCUCUUGCAGCAUUCAGCACUGCAGGCUGCGAUGCCAUGCUCAAUGUCCUACCUUCUCCCCUGCCAAGAAGCUGCUGUCUGAACUAUCCGUGAAUCCCCAGAUCCUGCCACACGGCAGUUGCCUGGUAAGCAGUGAACACCCCAGCUCUGGAUAGCAGCCUGAUGAGGCUGCUGCUCCUGCUUCCUUCCUAUACUUCUUACCAUCUGGAUCCAUGGGCCAAGGCAGACACUAGCAGCCUAGCUUGGAGGAAGACACAGCCAAGAACCAAGCCCCCAUCACCUGCUAACUGGAGGUCCAGAGUAAAUGCUCUGCUCUGGCCUCUGAAAAGCCGAUGCAUCCUUUGAACCCAGCUAUACUAUGUACACCUGAAUGGGGGAUCAUAUGUUAGAUGAUCUAGGAUCAUUUCCUAAAAUUAGAAAAAUUGCUUUUAUUAAUAGAGUCAAAAUGACUUCAAAUGCUUGAGUACUGGUAAUGAUGUGUGUGUGUAAAUUCUGAGUGAAAUAAAACUUUAUUAAAUGUUG